CUAACUGAAAUCUUAUCGAUUUAACUAACCAACUAUUUUGUUAUCGAUUAAAAAAAAAGAAAUCCAUAAACUCCAAGAUUUUGUGAUACAUACCUGAAGAAUAGCACAUUACGUCCUGCGCCUGUCUCACACUACAGACAAGUUCUAAUACAACCAGAAAAUUGUUGAAAAUUACAAACCCUAGUUCACAAACCUCUUCUGGCUUGCGCAGUAAAGAUGGAUACAUCAAUGGGCCAGCCGGGCACGGCCGAGCCACAUCAGAUCCGAGUUAACUUCACGACGACAUCUCCGGAUCUCCAAUUGCCAGAAGGUCGAACGCAAUUGCUUGUCCCAGCAGAUAUUAAGCGUUAUGGCUUAUCACGAGUCCUCAAUUCCGAGUCUAUGCUUGAUACAACAUCCCCAAUCCCCUUCGACUUCCUCGUCAACGGUAGCUUUCUGCGCACCUCACUAGAAGACUAUCUUAAGGCCAAUGGCCUCUCUUCCGAAUCUACCAUUACUCUCCAAUACGUCCGCAGCUUAAUACCUCCUGUUUACCAAGCAAGCUUUGAGCACGACGAUUGGGUCAGGGACAUCGAUGUGCUGUCUGCCUCAUCACGGGCUGGCAUCUGGUCUGGUGACCACUUCACCACUGGCCAAGAGAGAAUUCUCUCUGCCUCCGAUGACGGCAUACUUCGGAUAUGGGACGGUUCAGGCAAUGCUAUCGCGACUUCAUCACCGACCGGACUCCACGGGCAUGCGAACAGUAUCAAGGCUGCCAAAUUCCUUUCCUCAUCCCAAAUCGCAUCUAGCGGCCAGGAUGCGACGAUCCGCAUAUGGAAGUACGCCGAGGCCAAUGAUCAUCUCUCGGGCACUUUCAAACAGACUCUACAGCUGUGUGGUCACAAGACCGCCGUCAAUACCCUCGACGUCCAUGGGCCCACCGGACGAAUCCUCAGCACCUCAGUUGACGGAAACGUUGGCCUAUGGACCACCUCCAAGUCAUCUGCCCCCGCUGUCCAGGCUCCUGAGGCAGACCAACCCUCAUCCAAAAAAGCCAAGCUCUCAUCAUCAGUAUCUCAGCGCGGUCCCCUCUCCCUAACGAGACCCCACAACCUCCCCGCCAGCGCCGCGGUCUUCGACCCCGCCGACUCCACAAUCGCCUACACCUCCUCCCUCGACCACACGAUCCGCACGCUCGACCUGACCACCUCCAAGGUCGAGAACGUGAUCACCACCUCGCACCCCCUCUUCUCCCUCUGCGCCCUCCGCCGCAACGGCAACUCCCUGCUCCUCGCGGCCGGCAACUCAGCACGACACGUCACGCUCGUGGACCCGCGCGCCAGCGCCGCCUUGACCUCCGUCAUGACCCUGCGCGGCCACCGCAACAUCGUCAGCGGCCUCGCCCCCUGUCCCGACAACGACCACUCCCUCGUCUCCGCCUCCUACGACGGCACCUGCCGCAUCUGGGACCUGCGCAGCGUCCGCCCCGCAACCCGCGCCGAGGGCGGCGGCUCCGUCUGCGAGAGCGUCCAUACCAUCCAGCGCGAGUCUUCUAUCCAAAAAACUGGCGGCGCUAGCGACGUUCCCGGCCGCGGCGCAAAGCUCUUCGGCGUCGCUUGGGAUGCCCACUGGGGUAUUGUUAGCGGUGGCGAGGAUAAGGUCGUGCAGAUUAACCGGGGGAGGGACUUGCUCGCAGCGGCGGAGUAGUAUAAUGGCUAGGAAAGAAGGAAAGAAGGAAGGAAGGAGGAAUUUACUCCAUUCCAUGUUGGGUAUGUAGGUAGGUAGCGGUUAGGUAUAGAGAAAAUAACACAGAACUAAUACCCCCUUUUGACACCCUCCUCUAUCUUCAUACUGGAACUACAGUGCAUGCAUGCUUAACGUGCUACGGGAUGAAUGAAUUCUCUUUGCCUGCCCGUGUAUUUAGGUAGAUACCUAACCUAGGAGGUAGGUAUACUCUAACCUAGGUAGUGAUAUAUAUCCAUGGCUGUUAACACACA